AUGUGUGGAAGGCAGGUCACGCUGUACAAGCCCAAAGGCGGCGAGCAGGACGACCAUGCCAAUGAUAUUGUGGAGUUAGAUUCGAAGAGCGACAAGGCCACCAAGGGCACAGGCAAGGGCAAGGGCGGCGCGGGCAAAGGGGGCACACAGCCUGACCAAGCCACGCCCCCAGCCUCACGCCUGCAGUUGCUCCAGCAGACGAUCUCCACCGCGUCCGCUCCUCUUCUGCUGAAGCUCCUCCAGGAUGAGUUGGCGAAGGUGCAGGCGGCGAGCACACCGACCCAGAGCCCCGAGGAGGCGCUCAGGCUGGCAGCAGGCGCAUGGCGCGACGCCACCCUGCGCCACGACCAGGCUGUCAACGCGGUGGUCAAGGCGCAGGAGAACCUUACCAAAGCUCAGCAGCGAGAGAGGGCGGCCGCACUCGACCUGGCCAAAGCCGAGCAGGCCUGGCAGAUCGCGGCGCACGGUCUGGCCUCCGACAUGGGCAUCGCCCCGAAGGAGAAGGAUAUCCUCUUCCAGGUGCAGAUCGCUGAGGAGUUCUUUGCAGGCGGCCUUGAGGGCCUCGACAUCGAGCAGCAGGACCUCGAGGCCGUCAUGGAAGGCAAGCGUUCCGAGGCCCAGCGCUGGCAGGUCCGCAUGAAGGAGCUUCGCCAGAAGGUCUACGAGCGGUUCGCCAAGAAGAGGCGCGCGGUUGACGAAG